AUUUCUUCCUUUUUCCUGAGGUGGUGUGUGUGUGUAAGAGUGUGUCUACUGCAACACUCCCGUCAUUUCCUUCUUCCAAUUCCAAUGGCUAAAGAAAAAGAUUCAUCAAUGGAAUUAAAAAAUCCCAACAAAAUGUUCAUCGGAAUCGUCUGGAAUUGUUCUCCUGAGCUCAAAUUAUUACUUUCCGCCCUCUUAUUUUUCUGUUCUUUAAUCACCCUUUUUCAAUUCUUCCCUUCUCAUCUUUCCUUUUCCGUCCAAGAUCUCCGCCACUGCGCCACCCUCCCACCACCGUCAUCCACCCCACUUCAAACCACCACCACCACCAAGCUUAUCCCUUCACAACACGACGUCGUUUUACAAAACGGUGUCAUCAAAAGAAGCUUCAACACUUUCGGCACCGCCGCUUAUAACUUUAUCCUAAUGUCGGCAUAUAGAGGCGGCGCCGACACCUUCGCCGUCAUUGGUCUUUCCUCAAAACCCCUUCAUGUUUUCUCUAAACCGACUUACCUUUGUGAAUGGGUCCCACACAAUUCUUCUUCAGCUACAAACAUUACUGUCCCUGGUGUUAAAAUCCUUCCAGAUUGGGGCUACGGCCGUGUUUACACGGUCGUAGUCGUCAACUGUACUUUCCCCGGCCCGGUUUCAGACCGGGCCGGGGGCAAGUUACUUGUCCACGCCUCCACUUCCGGAGGCGGGGAUAGUAACUUUAACCUGACAGAUACAAUUGAGGCUUUAUCAGAAGCCUCAGAAUCCGUAAACUUAACACAGUUUACGGAUUCGCCUAAAUAUGAAUAUUUAUAUUGUGGGUCCCCAUUGUAUGGUAAUUUAAGUCCCCAAAGAAUUAGGGAAUGGUUAGCUUAUCAUGUGAAAAUGUUUGGUGAGAAAUCACAUUUUGUGAUUCAUGACGCGGGCGGAGUACAUCCCGAAGUAAUGGAUGUAUUGCGCCCGUGGGUGGAAAAAGGGUAUGUAACUGUUCAAGAUAUUAGAGAUGAAGAGAGAUUUGAUGGGUAUUAUCAUAAUCAGUUUUUAGUUGUCAAUGAUUGCUUACAUAGAUAUAGAUUUAUGACUAAAUGGAUGUUUUUUUUCGACGUUGAUGAGUUUAUCUUUGUUCCGAAAAAAAGUACUCUUAAGAAUGUUAUGGAUUCGUUGUCGGACUACACGCAGUUUACGAUUGAGCAACGCACAAUGUCGAAUAAGUUAUGUUACCUUGAUGAUCAUGCUGGUAAAAUCUACAGAAAAUGGGGGAUUGAGAAGUUGGUGUACCGUGACACGGUGAAAGGAAUAAGGAGAGACAGGAAAUAUGCAGUACAGCCACGGAACGUGUUUGCAACAGGUGUACACAUGUCGGAAAACACCAUUGGAAAAACGACACACAAGACAGAAGGGAAGAUAAUGUAUUACCAUUACCAUGGGACGAUAUCCGAGAGAAGGGAACCAUGUAGACAGUUGGUGAACACAACCAUGAUGAAACUUGGUGGAACACCUUAUAUGGUGGACAAGACCAUGAGAGAGGUUGCUGGGGCCGUUAAGCGAUUUGAGUUGCGAAUGAUUGGGUCCGUUCUUGUUAGAACCCGGCAAUGACAGUCACGAUGAGUAUCUUAUUCUCUUUUCGACCACAUUCCUUGAUCUGUUAUAACUUUAUGUAUAGAUAGAUGAACGAAAUGCGUACAUUUGGUUUUUGAUAAUUAAGAAGGUAUAAGUGAAAAUUUGUUUUCGUUUUA